AACCUGCAGAUCACUGUCGUCAUUUUUCGCUGGUAAGGAUGGACCUGGCUUAAAAAAAUUGUCCACCGUUGUUUGUCUUGCCUUCUUGUCUAUUUCGUCCUUCAGUAAUAAAUAUGUACAUAAAACACUCACACACAAGUCUAAACCAGCCGCUUUAUGAGCACACACUGAAUAACGCUCGUAAACAAGAGGAAAUAGAAAAGAAAGUGCAUCGAGAUUGCGCUUGCGCAAGAUUGGCAACAUGUAGAUAUAUCGACAUCGAAAAAAAGUUUUUUUUUGCCGUUAUAGCGAAACAUUUUAGGCCGUAAAUCGAAAACGUGCCUUAAUCGAAGAGAGCCGUUAUAGCGAAAUGCCGUAUAAAGAGCAGCCGUAUAGCGAGACUUUUCUUAAAAUGAUGGAAGAUUUUAAUUCUGCAAUAUCUGCUGAAAUUGUUGCAACUUGUGGAGCAAUUGGUUAUAACAAUAAAGGAAAAUAUGUGAAGGAUCCAGACUGUUCAGAAUGUUUAAAAGAUUUAAUUCGAUUUUUAAGAAAUGAUGAUGAAAGUCAUAGUAUAAGGAGACAGCUGGCUAGAAUUGGAGUUUUGAAAACUGAUUUAAUACCUCUUCUUAAGUAUUAUCCUAAAGAUAAAACUUUGUUUGAUAUAAACAUAAGACUUUUGAUCAAUUUAACAAAUCCUGUGAUGUUGUUAUAUCAUGAAGAAUUGCCUGAAGAGAAGUUGACCAGGAAUUAUUAUAUGGAAAUACUUUCAUAUCAGCAAGAAUGUAAACAGUCAUUUACAGAUCCAGAUGUGUGGAAGGAAUUGGCCAACAGACUUCGUGAACUUUUACAAUUGGAUUGGGAACAUUGUCAAGAAGAUGACAGAAUUAUGAUUGAAAGAAUACUUAUUUUAAUUCGGAACAUAUUACACAUUCCUUCAGAUUCAGUCAGUGAAAAGAGAACAGAUGAUGAUGUUAGUAUUCAUGAUCAAAUAGUUUGGUCAUUUCAUAUUUCUGGAAUGGAUGAUCUUAUUAUAUAUUUGGCUGUAACUGAUGAACAUAAACAAUUUUGUUUUCAUGUAUUAGAAAUAAUUUCUUUGUUACUUCGAGAACAGACACCACAGCAACUUGCAUCAACAGGACAAGAACGUUUUACAUUAGAAAAACAAAGAGACAACCAAGAACUUUUGAAGUUAAGAAAACAAGAAUUUCUACGAAAACAAGCAAGUGUAAAGCUACAAACUUCUAGGCAUUCAAGGUUUGGAGGAACUUUUGAAGUAAAAAAUAUGAAAUCUGUUAGUGAUAAUAAUAUGUUAUAUCAUCAUAAAUUGCAAAACAUUACUAGCUUAACAUAUAAUCAAAAAGAAAAGAAACGUAAACCAAAAAGAAAUGUACCUAUGCAGCAUGUAGAGGUUAAAAGAAAAUCUGCAUUAACAGUUCGUUUAUGUCUUCGUGAUUUUUGUAAAGAAUUUUUAGACACUGCUUAUAAUUUAUUUAUGAAACUUAUUAAGGAAUAUUUAAUGGGAAAUCAGAUUCAAGCUAACGAUGAAACAUAUUAUUUUUGGGCAAUUAAAUUUUUUAUGGAGUUUAACCGUUUGUCUGGCUCAGCAAUGAGUUUAAUAACAGAAACAAUGUCAAUCCAAUCAUUUCAUUAUUUGCAAACACAAAUAGAAUAUUAUUAUGAAAUGACAAUUAAUGAUAAGAAAAAGAUUGUCCAAUGGUCAAAACGAAUGCAUUUAGCCUUGAAAGCAUAUCAAGAAUUGUUGUUGACAUUAUAUGCCAUGGAUGAAAGUUCUGACAGAGAAAUUAUUGAAAGUGCCAAAAUUAUAAAAGGAAAUAUAUUUUAUGUGAUGGAAUAUAGAGAACUUUUAAUUUCACUUUUAAUGAACUAUGAUGAAGUAAAAUUUUCACAAAAUUAUUUAAAAGAUUUAAUUGAAACAACUCAUGUUUUUAUGAAAAUGCUUGAAAAAUUUUGUAAAAGACAGUCUCACCUCAUUGUUCAACAAAAGAAGGUGAAAAGAAAAAAAAAAAACAAACCCAAAAAGACUUUAAAUAAUGAAAAUAAGGAAGAUUAUGAAAAAUUAUGGUCAGAUUUAUCAGAAAACUUAUCUACAGCUUUGCAAGAAAAAAUAGAGGAAGCAGAAAGCAAUACAUCUAUUUUUGAUCCUGUUUCUGAUCAUACAAUAGAUCAACAAAGGAUUAAUGUAAUAAUAAAAAUCAAAGAAACACUACAAAUGAAAAAUGUUAAAGAAGCCAUUUGUUUGUUACGAGCAGCAAGAAAUAUUUGGCCUGAAAAUGAUGUUUUUGGCAUACCUACAAUUUCUCCUGAAAAUGAAUUUAUAGUUUUAAGAGAGAUUUAUUUUUCAGAUGUGCAAAAUUUAGGUGAUAAUGCCAAUCAAAAGGACGUACAAGAAUUUGAAGAUAAUAUGACGGAAGAAGAACAGGAAGAAAGAAUUGUACAGUCAUAUGAAAAAGAAUUUGACUUUAAAGGUUUUGUUUCCAGGUUUGCAAAUUCUAAAAUAGUUCGUGCUUAUGCCAUGUUAUUUAAAAACUUCAAUAAAAAUAGUGAUUACACAAACAAUUGUAUUCUUAAAAUGUUACACCGCAUUUCAUGGGAUUGCAAAAUGGUUGCUUUAUUAUUCCAAGCAUCUGUUUUUCAAACUAUGCAAAAAAUUUUGGAUUUUCCUGAAUAUUCUUCUAUGAUAAAGGAACUGAAAAGGUUUUCAAAAUUUGUAGUGAGGAAAUUUUUUGAAACAGCUGAAAAGAAUAAUAAAGUUUUUGUAGAAAUUCUUUUCUGGAAAAAAUUAAGCGACAUUUAUGAAAUUGAAAAUGGCUAUGGAACAACUAAACCUAAUAUUAAUGAAUUAUGGAACGAAGAACAAGAAGACGAGUUACGAAAUCUUUAUCAGGAAUAUGAAAAUAAUACUGAAGGUGGUAAAGAUGUAAUAGAUCAUAUUCUUGAACAUAUGAUAGAUCAAACAAAAACAAGAAGGCAAGUAAUUCGAAAACUUAAACAACUUGGAAUUGUGGAAAAUGCAAAACAACUCCAUAAACAAAAAUCUGUUUCUUUGAAAAGAGACUGGACAGAAGAAGAAACAACAAUGUUGAUACAGCUAUAUGAAAAAUAUAAAGAUUCAACAGGUAAAAAAAUAAUUUAAUAUAAAUUAUUUGUU